CCAACGCGUUCCUUGGUUGCGGCUUGUUUUGUGCCAGCGAGGCCGCCGUAGCUGGAGGACUGAUUUCGAGAGUGGAACCACAUUGAGUGUGUCUGUUGUGUGUGGGGGGGGUUUGUUUCCUUGAACGCUGGGGAGUAGCGAGGGUCUUUUUUUUGUUUUACAUUAGGAACCAGUUUGUACAUUAAAACAAAAACAACAACAAGCAUGAACCUCAACCUGUCAGAUUACGACUCCGACAAUUAUUCUUCAGAUGAAGACGCAGACUACGUUCCUUCUGAUGAAGACUACAGUGAAGACGAUGUCAACGAAUUGGUGAAAGAAGAUGAUGUAGACGGAGGACAGGAAAACACCCAAGAGAAGAAGAAGAAGAAAAGCUGCAAAGACAUCUCCGCAAGAAAGAGAAAGAAAGGAGGGCUGUCGUUAGAAGGAGAGGAAGGAGGGAGCGAGAGGAGAGAUGAAGCCGACCAGGAGGACAGUGAAGAGAAGGCUGAUCCGUUGGUAGAGAUAAAGGAGGACAAAGUAAAGAAGAAGGCUGAUGACCUUUGGGCCAGCUUCCUUAGUGACGUGGGGCAGAAACCCCAAACUGCGUCAGUCCAGCCACCCCCCCCGGCUACAGGAGCCAGCAAGAAAGAAACAAAGGAAGCAGAGAAGCCGAAAGAAUCGUCCAAAGUCACCAUCACAAAAGUGUUUGAUUUUGCGGGAGAGGAGGUCCGGGUGACUAAGGAAGUGGACGCUGAUUCUAAAGAAGCCAUGUUCUUCCUGAAGAAACAGCAGGGGGAGGAGACGGAGCAGCAGAGCCCCCCCAGGCCAGAGUCAUCGUCCGAGCCCGCAGCCUCCUCUCGGGGGAAGAGGCCGGCGGGCAUCGGCAGCAUCCUGAACCGGAUUGGAGGGAAGAAGCAGAAGAUGAGCACGCUGGAGAAGUCCAAGCUGGACUGGGACUCCUUCAAGAACGAGGAGGGCAUCGGAGAGGAGCUGGCCACCCACAACCGGGGCAAGGAGGGAUAUGUGGAAAGGAAAGCUUUCCUGGAGCGGGUGGAUCAUCGGCGGUUUGAGCUUGAGAAAAGCCUCCGGCUCAGUAACAUGAAGAGAUGACAGUGCGACCCUCUCCUUCGGCUUCAUGAAGCGAUGACAGCGCGAUCCUCUCCUCCAGCUCAGUAACAUGAAGCGAUGACAGCGUGACCCUCUCCUCCAGCUCAGUAACAUGAAGUGAUGACAGCGUGACCCUCUCCUCCAGCUUCAUGAAGCGAUGACAGCGUGACCCUCUCCUCCAGCUUCAUGAAGCGAUGACAGCGCGACCCUCUCCUCCAAUGACAGUGAAGAACCCCCCCCCUCGUCUUUGACCCUACCCUACCCUUUAGAGCUCAUUUUGUUUUCAGAGUUCCCCAUCUCUUUACUGAUUGUAAUACUGUAUUGUCAUUAUGCACGUUCCACUUUAAUUUAAUUUUAUUUAUUUCCUUUUCUUAUUUUUUUAAUGUAAUAAAUCCCUAACCUUAAACUGUUGCAAGAAUUAAUACUGUAGCAGGUCCCAAUUGCUCAGACGGCAGGGGUAGUGCUGCACAAACCGAUUAUUCGAAUCACAAACCCAAGCUGCUGUUUCUUCACUUUGAAUGGUAAAUUAGCCCGAUCAACACCAAUGCCCCUCACCUGGUUGUCAGCACCUGAUUUCUGUGGAGCGCUCAAUCUGAAUAAGCAGUUCAUGCAGCACUAGCCAGGUGCUUUCUGAUGUCUUUGUAGCUGAGGCUAGUUUGUAGUUUUUCGAAAGCUCAGCUCAAUGGGUUUGCUACCAUGAGUGGUAGACCGUGAGGGGGACAUCAGGACUGUUCAGUGUGAUAACGGGUUGUCCUAAGGCAGGGGUGUCCAAUCACGGUCCUGGAGGGCCAUUCCACUCCAGGCUUGACCGCUAAAAUGAGAUUGUUCGCUUCUUCAGAGUCUGGAUGGAGGUUUAAUUGGUUCAAUUAAACAAUUUAGAACAGGAUUGGAACAAAGACCAGGACUGGAAGGGCCAACUUUGGACACCCCUGUGCUAAGGUGAAGCCCACAAAAAAUGUUCCCAGCUGCUGUUUGCUUUCUAGGGAGCGAGUGAUGGUCAAUUCAGUGGAGAAGGAGAAUCGGGGACUUUAUUUUUUAUUAUAGUUAGAAGAAUGUUUUGCGUGCCCCCUAAAAAUAACUGUGUCUGUCAGUAUAGCAGUGGAAUAACAGAAUUUAAUUUCCCCCAUUGUGCUCCAUAUGAUAAUGUUACUGUAUAUUGCGAAAUAAAGCACUUCUUCGAUUUAA